GACUUCGCUCAGGAUCGAUCUGCUAUUGGUCAGUCAGUCACUGACAAAAAGUGGGAGGUUCCCGGAAAAAUCGCUAACCGGAAGGGAAGGCCAGAGAAGAAGAAGCAGCCGAUGAGACCAGCGACAGCAGAAAAAGUCAUCUUCCAGUUGUGACCCCUCUUCCUCCGGCACAUCUACCUGCCUGUCCUGAGACCCCCCCACCCCAUUUCACCUCAACGUUCCCAGCCGUCUCCAUUAGGCCUCUUCCUCGUUUUCUUUUCGCCACGUUCAACACCGCACAAUGGCAGGGCGAGGUGGACCAGCACGGACCAACGGCACUGCGGCGAGCAACAAGAUCUGUCAGUUUAAGUUGGUGCUUCUGGGGGAGUCAGCUGUGGGAAAGUCCAGCUUAGUGCUGCGCUUUGUGAAAGGCCAGUUCCACGAGUACCAAGAGAGCACUAUUGGAGCUGCCUUCCUCACACAGACGGUAUGUUUGGACGAUACGACAGUCAAGUUUGAGAUCUGGGACACUGCAGGACAAGAACGGUAUCACAGCUUGGCCCCGAUGUACUACAGAGGAGCACAGGCUGCCAUCGUGGUUUUUGAUAUUACCAACACAGACACAUUCACACGUGCGAAGAACUGGGUGAAGGAGCUUCAGCGACAAGCCAGCCCCAACAUUGUUAUUGCACUGGCAGGAAACAAAGCAGACCUGACCAACAAGAGAAAUGUAGAUUUCCAGGAAGCACAAGCGUAUGCAGACGACAACAGCUUGCUCUUCAUGGAAACAUCCGCCAAGACUGCAAUGAAUGUCAACGAGAUUUUUAUGGCUAUCGCCAAGAAGCUUCCGAAGAACGAGCCUCAAGGUGGCGCAGCCGCAGGUGGACGAGCCAGAGGUGGUGUGGACCUUCAAGAAGCUGCCCCCCAGGGUCGAAGCAGCCAGUGCUGCGGGAACUAACUUGCAAUGAAUCAACUCCUCCAUCCAAUCUACAGCUUCGAUCAACCAGACCCCAAAUUAGCCAGCUGUCCGACAACACCUCGGAGGUCAAACCAAAGCACGGUCAGGCCAACAAACCCAUCAAGCACCAAGUUUGGAAAAUGAGUGGACUGGCCAGUAAACUGCAGGACCCCAUCGACGGCUCAAACCAACAGACCUACAAAUUAUUUUACUUUCUGAAUUCGAUCUGUGACCCCCUGGACUAGCCCCAUCCAUGAUCUCACCUCCAGUUGAUGGGACUCUUUAUGUCUUCUUUGAGAGAAGAGUAAUCUCAUUCGUGACUAUGGCACUUAAUUGAGCCUUCUUUGUUCACUUUUCUGUUUGUAUAGAGAAAAAAAAAAGGAUACAACAAAGAAAGAAUAAAAACAGGCUUGUAGGCCCCCUCUUUUUCUAUUGGUCUUCACUUCCCAUAUUCUCCAUCAAGUCAUUUGGUACAAAUCGAGGUGCAUGUUGCCUUCAGUCCAGAUUGGCUUCCAAAAAAACAAAGGAAAAGGCUUUUACCAGAACUAAAGGGCUGGGAAAUGAUUAUCUUGGAUCUCCGUAGAUUGAUUAAUUUUUUUUUCUUCUUCCACCAGUACUAUACUAUUUGACACGGAUAGAUCCGUCUGAUUUUAAAACCUUGACUUCAGAGGCUUUUCAAUGGUAUCAAACCAUACGGAGUAAAAAGUACUAUAACAUUGUCACCUGUUUGUAAUUUUAGCAUUAAUGUUUUUUGAAUCAAUAUUGUAAAAUAAUAAGAUUUGUCUUCUUGACCAAAAUCCCUAUUGUAUUGACAGCUUUGCUUUAUUUGUAACAGACUCUUCAGGUUUAUAAUCAAUAUGUAGUUAUUGUCGAAACAACACCAUCCCAAUCUGUACAUGUUAUGUCCGACAAUUAUGUUGUGAUUUUUUUUUCUUUUUUUUUUCCUUUCUGGAGAUCUCUGGUAUUAAAUGCACUGGUUUUGUCUCAUCAUCGUUGUGAAUUGAGAUGUUCUCCAGCUUUCAUUUUUUACACAUUAUUUUAUGCCUUUCAUUUUUUUACGGUUCAUAUCAGUGAGGAAACAUCUUCUGACAAUUUUUGUCAUCUUUCCUGAUAUGGGAUCAACCUUUAGCAAUAGGCAGCCGUUGCUUCUUGGAGGGAAGUGUAGCAGACAGUGAGGGAUCAUGGGAAAAAUGGGUCUAGUUUUAUGAAUAAACAAGGGCGGACAUCU